AUGUUGGAUGACAAGAAACAUGGCAAGUUCACCAACAGUUCUACGCAAAUGCAAAAAAAGAAACGGUGUAAUUCUGUGGCAGCAUCAAAGAAUUCUGAUGCAGAUUCAGUUCCUGUGUGUAGAAAGGUGCAUAGAGAAUGUGAGCAUAAAAAGCCUUUAAAUAAUAAUGGUGAUUAUCUAAAGUACCGAUGUAUCCUGUAUGAAAAGCUGUGGUCACUUCUACCUGAUUGGCUACAUGAACCUGAAUAUAUGGUUUAUGCAAAACCUCAACAGAAAUCUGAUAAAAACAUCGUCCACAGUGCUACAGACUCACUGUUCAGCACCAGUAGUGGUUUUACUAACUAUUAUGGUAUCCUAAAUCUGUGUCUUAUAUUACUGGUUUUAGGAAAUGCAAGACUGUUUCUGGAAAACAUAAUAAAGUAUGGUAUCCUGAUCAACCUGUCAUUUACUGAGUGGUUCUUUGAUGAGCCCUACAACUGGCCUAAUCUGGCCCUGACAUUAUCUCUCGCCAUAUACCCAGCUAUUGCUUUAGCAACAGAAAAGGCAUUAGCAAAGGACUGGAUCAGUAACCGAACCGGUGUUGUAAUAUACAGCAUUAACCUGACGGUGCUGUUGUUCUUGCCUGCCGUGGUGAUAUACAUCCUUCAUCCGGUAAUCGUGUUCUCUCUGUUUACUCUGGGCAAUGUGACCACGUGUUUUCUCAAGCUGAUCUCCUACGCUCAUGUCAACUACUGGUGCAGGGAGCAUCUGGCAGCCACCAGGAUGCAAAGGAGAAAAUCUAGUGGAGGAUCCCCACAGGACUCCACAAAGGCCAAUGGGGGUACUACUGAACACUUGCAGACCUACUCAGAAAACUUGAAUGUCAGAGACUUGGCAUAUUAUAUGUGUGCCCCAACACUGUGUUACGAGUUGAACUUCCCAAGGUCAGCUCGAAUCAGAAAGCGUUUCUUAGCAAAACGUCUUAUUGAAAUGGUCUUCCUCUUGUGGCUGAUGGUGGCCUUGAUGCAACAGUGGAUUGUGCCUGCUGUAAACAAUGCAAGAGUGCCAUUGGCAGAGAUGGAAAUCUUUAAAAUGUUGGAACGUCUCCUAAAACUAGCAAUCCCAAACCACCUCAUCUGGUUGGUGUUUUUCUACUGGUUCUUCCAUUCAACCUUGAAUGUGGUUGCUGAACUGCUGCGAUUUGCCGACCGUGAGUUUUACAAGGACUGGUGGAAUGCAGAGACAGUCUCAGAAUUUUGGCAGAACUGGAAUAUUCCUGUUCACCGGUUUGCGACCAGACACAUAUACAAGCCAUUGUUGCGGAGGAAUUUUUCCAAACUGGCAGCCUCAACAUUUGUUUUUCUCUUCUCUGCAUUUUUUCAUGAGUAUCUGGUCAGUGUACCCCUGAGGAUGUUCAAAGCCUGGGCCUUCUUUGGAAUGCUUAUGCAGGUGCCAAAUGCUUACAUCACAGGAAAGUACAUCAGAGGCAAGUGGGGAAACAUCAUCAUGUGGCUAACUUUGAUCCUAGGGCAGCCGGUGGCCAUCUUGGCUUACUUCCAUGACUACUAUGUGGUUCACCAUCUGCCUCUAGCUCCAAACAUCACAGAGUCAGUUGUCACCAGUUUAUAG